CCCAGAGGAUAAAAAGAGCGCACCUUAGUGAGACACACAUAGGCGCACAAACGCUGGAUGAGCUCACCAUAAGCAACGGAAACCCGAUAACAAUUCAGAGUCCAUCGCCAUGCCUCCUCAGCUACAGUCUCCGAAGCGAGACGCGCCUCGGGUGCUGCGGGGCGAACUGAGCGCCCUCAGCCCGGCCGUCCGGGAGUUCGUGGAGGCCAACGUGACGCUCUGCCAGCCGGACGCCCUCCACAUCUGCGACGGCUCCGACGAGGAAAACCGCGCCAUCUUGGCCCGGCUGGAGGAGCAGGGCAUGAUCAAGAAGUUGCGCAAGUAUCACAACUGCUGGCUGGCCAGGACAGACCCUCGGGACGUAGCCCGGGUGGAGAGCCGGACGGUGAUCGUGACCCGUGACCGCCACGACGCGGUGCCGACGCCCGCGGAGGGCGGCGUGAGCCAGCUGGGCCUCUGGAUGUCCCCGGAGGAAUUCGACAAAGCCGUCGCUCGGCGCUUCCCGGGCUGCAUGAAGGGCCGCGCCAUGUACGUGAUCCCUUUCAGCAUGGGACCGGUCGGCUCGGCGCUGUCCAAGAUUGGCGUGGAGCUGACGGACUCGCCCUACGUGGUAGCGAGCAUGAGGGUGAUGACCCGCAUGGGAAAGGCGGUUCUGGCCGCCCUCGGGACCGACGACUUCGUUCGUUGUCUGCACUCUGUCGGUUGCCCGCUUCCACUUCAAAGUAUGUGGACUUCUCUCACGGCGCGGCUCGAGGCCUCCUCCGAGGAAGUAAGGCCGCAUGUCGCCUUGUCUUCAGGGCCGCUGGUGAACAACUGGCCUUGUAACCCGGAGCAGACCCUGAUCGCCCACAUCCCGGAACGGCGGCAGAUCGUCUCUUUCGGGAGCGGCUACGGCGGGAACUCCCUGCUCGGCAAGAAGUGCUUCGCCCUGCGCAUCGCCUCGCGCCUCGCCAAGGAGGAAGGCUGGCUGGCAGAGCACAUGCUGAUCCUGGGCGUCACCGACCCCGCGGGCCAGAAAAAGUACAUGGCGGCGGCGUUCCCCAGCGCCUGCGGGAAGACCAACCUGGCCAUGCUGAGCCCCACGCUACCCGGCUGGAAGGUGGAGUGCGUGGGAGACGACAUUGCCUGGAUGAAGUUUGACCGCCAAGGUCGCCUGAGAGCCAUCAACCCGGAGAACGGCUUCUUCGGAGUCGCGCCCGGCACCUCCGCCAAGACCAACCCCAAUGCCAUGGCCACCAUUGCCAAGAACACCAUCUUCACCAACGUGGCGGAGACCAGCGACGGAGGCGUGCGCUGGGAGGGCAUGGACGAAGUUCUGCCCGACGGCGUCACUGUUACUUCCUGGAAGAACAAACCUUGGAGCCCAGAGGAUGGAGAACCUUGCGCCCACCCCAACUCCCGCUUCUGCACUCCUGCCGAUCAGUGCCCCAUCAUCGAUCCACUGUGGGAAUCACCCGAAGGCGUCCCCAUCGAAGCCAUCAUCUUUGGGGGCCGCCGGCCCGAGGGCGUCCCGCUCGUCUACGAAGCGUUCAGCUGGCAGCACGGCGUCUUUGUCGGAGCCGCCAUGCGUUCGGAGGCUACUGCCGCGGCGGAACACAAAGGCAAGGAGAUCAUGCACGACCCGUUCGCCAUGCGCCCCUUCUUCGGCUACAACUUCGGUCAUUACCUGUCGCAUUGGCUCAGCAUGGCGGAGCGAGCCAAUGUCAAGCUGCCCAAGAUCUUCCACGUCAACUGGUUCCGCAAAAGCCCCACCGCUGGUUUUCUCUGGCCCGGUUUUGGGGAAAAUAUCCGCAUCCUGGAUUGGAUGUUCCGCCGACUGAACGGCGAGACCGGAGCGAUGCCCUCCGCCGUGGGCUACCUACCGUGCCGUCAUUCCUUACACCUGGAUGGCUUGAGGGAGCCAGUGGACCUGGAACAGCUCUUUGCUCUGGACCGGGAUUUCUGGCAGAAGGAGGUGGAAGAGAUCGGGAAGUUCUUCACCACGCAGGUGAACGACGACCUUCCCGACGAGGUGGCAAGGCAGCUGGAACUCCUUCGGCAGAGGGUCAACCAAAUAUGAAAAAAAAAAAGGAAAGUAGCUCGAGAAAAUUCGAAAGGUUGGGAACCUUCCUUGAGCAUGCUAAUCAUUUUUGGCUAACCGCAAGUAAAUCAAAGUGAUCAAUUUCACAGUGAAUCCUGGUUUAUCUGGAAGGGGGGGGGGUUAUACGUUCCAGGCCAACUCAUAAUGGGUGAAAAUUUGCAGAAUAGAGACUGCGGGGUUCACCCCCAAUGUUAACUGCAAGCAGCGGAAUUCGUGGCAUUCCUACUGAGUGGCUCGCAUCCAGCGCUAACUGCUAGCGCUUCAGUCACCAAACUGUUUGUCUUGCCUACAUUUAUUUCAUGGUAAUUUAUAUUUCAAUAACAUCCAAGGCUCACUUCAGGUUUCUUGUUUCUCUUAUUUUCUGACUUAAUUUAUUUUUAUACACUGUACAUCCAUUUUUCUGAGAUUUGGUGGAAAUCUGAUUUGAAAACAUUUGUCUGUACGACUGUAAUAAACACUUGGAGAUCCUGUACCAAGA